CUCUCUGACUCCCAGCAUCAAUGGCAGCCCGGUGAUGCUGUCAUAAACUGUUUAACGAUCGCGAAGGGGGCCGUCGUAUUGUGAAUGGUUAUUAUGAUUGGCUGCAUUCAUUUGUAAGUAGGCUAGGCCUAUACUGUGCAGUUGUAUGCGACCCCGCUCGAGAGAUAGAAUAGGCUACAACCUGCUUGUUAUAGGCUGUUGCUAUUUUUAUUUGGGUGUAGCCGCGGUCGGCUUGAAUGAUACAUUUCUCUUUUUACUCGGAGGUUUUCCAAGGGCAUCAGUGAGAGACACAGUGCAGCAGCGAUCUGCAUGUCUGACGGCUAGACGGAGCAAGAGGGAAGGACACUGUUUCUGCUGCUGUAGUCGAUGAGCUUUCACAGUUAUCGGUUAUACCCAGGGUACAAGCACUCUGCUUUAGCUGCUCACUCGGUUCACCGCCUGGCUUUAGGAUGCGACGUCAUGAGUUGAUCGCGCCUGACAGAUGUUGCUGUGUUGCAGUUGCACAGGCAUAGAUUCUCCGCUUGCUCUCGCUGUUUUGGGGAGGAUUCUGUAAAACGGUUCAUGCGAUAAAUGCUAAGUCCUCGCUUCGUGCUCGGACAGAUCGCAACAUUCAUAGUCUUCGGGAUUGCAUAAAAUGAUACCUGGAUCUGCCGCAUCAAUGCUACCAUCUGCAGAAGCUGCGAAAUUGUACCAGACCAAUUACGUCCGCAACUCCCGUGUCAUCGGACUUUUAUGGGCCAUCUUCACUAUCCUGUUCGGUAUUGUUAACGUGACCAUCUUCUCACAGCCCUAUUGGAUUGGGGAUGGUGUGGAUACACCGCAGGCCGGUUACUUCGGCCUUUUUCACUAUUGCGUCGGAGAUGGAAUCUCCAGAGACAUGGCCUGCCAGGGUAGCUUCACCGAGUUCGCCGAAAUCCCCUCCACUGCGUUCAAGGCCGCCUCCUUCUUGAUUGGAAUGUCCAUGAUGUUGGUUGUCACCUGCAUCGGCUGCUUCAGUCUCUUCUUCCUCCUCAGCACCUCCACCGUGUACAAGAUCUGCGGCUGGAUGCAAGCAGCAUCAGGUGUCUGUCUGGUGUUGGGUUGUAUGAUUUAUCCUGAUGGUUGGGACAGUGACGAAGUUCGGAGGAUGUGCGGAGAGCAGACAGACAAAUACAGCCUGGGGGCCUGCUCAGUGCGUUGGGCCUACAUCUUGGCUAUUAUGGGCAUCCUGGAUGCUCUUAUCCUCUCCUUCCUGGCUUUCGUCCUGGGGAACCGACAGGAUGGACUCAUGACAGAAGAGCUGCUGGCUGAGAGCAAGGAGGGAGGCAAUGCCUAACCAAAUCUUAAGGUUCCUGAAUUUCCAUGUGUCUGUUUUCAUGAAGUACCAGUCAAUCCUCAACAUCAGCUUAGAGGAAGGAGGCCAUCCACGUCUGUGACGGAGAGGAAUACUAUGGAACCAGCCAGCCUGCCUAUCACAUCUACCUGCCAAAAUCCCAGUGUAACCUACCCUCAAAGUCCAUCCCUUUUGCUUGCAGUAACUAAAUCAUCCCCAGCACUUAGAUGGAGCCCAAUGCACUUUUACCCUAAUGUGUCUACAGACCUAACCCUUGCACAGCAUUGCAUAGACCAUGGCAGGGGCAGAGACUGUUAUUCUGUUGAGAAGUAUAUGGACUACCCACUACCUACCUGAGAAGGCACAGGGUUGACAUUGUACACAUGCAGUACUAGCACACAAACACACACACAAACACAUACACACACACACGCCAACUCAAUCAUAUGCACAAACACAACUCAACGCACAUACAUUACAUUCAAACAAAACAUUGACAAACUGUAAUUACAAGUAUUAAACUAUGUUAACACUUAGCCGUGUGUACCACCGUCAGAAUGUGUGUCAUGUUUUAUUUGUGAAAAAAACAGCUCAUUUUAAGAUAAUAUCGGGUUGAUGUAAAUCUAUUGUGUUUCAUAUGUGAAGUUUGACAAUUAAAUGAAAGUUUUUUGUUUUUUUUGCUCAUACACCCCUUUGUUCCUCUUCGUUUACUAGAAAAAAAGAUAUUUAAGAUAUUUUAUAUGAAUAUUAUCAUCCAAAAGAGAAGAGAACUUGUAUUAAAAAGUAUGUACAGUGAAUAUUAAAGAUGUUCUAGGAAUUUUAACUAAAUCCAUUCAAUGCCCUGCUAGCUAACUUUGCACAGCGCUUCAGUUUGAGAAGAAAUCUAAUAUUUUAUAGUCUGUGGUAUCUACACUGUGAUGGGGGCUAUUAGGAUGUGUGCUGCAGGAUUUGUAGCUGCUGUGUGAGUGUGCUUCUGUAUGUGUGAAGGGAGGUCUGUGGGUGUGUGUGUGUGAGUGAGUGAGCGCAUGCACAUAAUGUGAGUGUUGGUGUGAAUGUGUUGUGUGCAAUAGUUGGACUAAAGAACCAAUAUGCCAACCUCACACACAAAUGUCCUGUUGUGUAGCCCAAUCUGUCUGUCUCUGUCUUUGUCUCCAGCUCUCGCUUUCUGUUUUACUCUCUUUGACUCCCUUUUCUCGAUUUGUUUUGUUGGGGCAUACAGGGUAACAUGAUGGAGUUGGACAGUAUUAUGUAUUGUGACUGAUGAUGGAUCAGUAAGGUCUGUCCCAGCAUCACCUGUGGAUAUGUUCCUGUGUAAAUAGAUAUUCUAUAGAUACCAAACAAUUAGCAAAUAUGGAGGAGGUUAACUUAGAGCAAUUAAAGACAUUCAUUUAAGAAUAUAUGAACACUUAAUAAAGGUUUUCACUGUAAAA